AAUUGUAGUAUUUUGACAUUUACAUAACCUAUCUAUCUUUUUUUGGAAUUAAAAUUAUAGUUUAAAUUUACAAUGGUUCAAAUAAUAAGUUUAUAAAUAAUAACGAAAUGGAUCCUGAAAAAAAUUUACAUCGAUUGGAAGGUAGUUCUUUGGUAAGAGGUGGUUUAAUUACAAAGAAAAAACUUCACGUUUUCAAAGUCCCUCAAGUAUCAUUAUUUGGUUUAGAUAAAUUGGCCGCUCAAAAGAAAAGAGAAAGAGAAGCAGCAAAUAAAAUAUCAUUCGAUAUCAAUGGAAGUGACAAUAAUGAAGAAGAAUACAUUGUUAAAGAAAAAUUUGACAAACACGGAAUUAGACGCAAAUUUAGAGAACCUCAAGCAGAAACCCCAACUUAUACUGGAGGUAUCAGCAAAGAAGCCCGAAAACGAUUGAAAGAACGAAUUUCUAUUAAUCAAUCUAAAGGGGUAUAUGCGACUACCAAAAACAAAAAAGAUUUGAAUGAGGAAAAUAUACAUAAAGACAGUUCAGAGAAACGUGAUUGGAGUGAAUAUUCUAAUGUGAGCAAAACACCUAGAUUUAAAGAUGAACCGAAAACACCCAAUGGUUACAUCAAGGAUAGCACAUCAAUAACUUCGUGGGAUGAAGAUGAUGCUCCUGCUGCCAGGAUAUCAUCUUGGGAUUUUCCCACACCUUCAAUUCAUAAGUCUAAAAAUGGAGAUUGGUCAGAAAGAAGUAGUAAAUAUAACAGAGAAGAGAAAUAUUAUAGGUAUGAUAAUGAUACUCCCAGACCAACACCAGCACACAAAUAUAAUGCUUGGGCCAAAGACAGGAAAAAAACUGGAGCCACUCCCAAGGAAGGUGAAAGAGAAAAGGUCAAAUGGGAUAAUACAGUAGAUAGAAAAAACUGGGAGGAAGAACAAAGAAGAUUAGACAGAGAAUGGUAUAACAUGGAUGAAGGAUAUGAUAAUGAAAAUAAUCCAUUUUCAAGUGUGAGUGAUGAAUAUACCAGGAAAAAAGAAGAACAGUUAGAACAGAGGAAAAAGAAAAGGCUUUCUGCACAGCAGAGGCAAAUAAAUAAAGAUAAUGAAUUAUGGGAGAGAAAUAGAAUGCUUACAUCAGGUGUUGUGCAGUCAGUAGACCUCAAUGAAGACUUUGACGAAGAAUCAAUAGACAGAGUUCAUCUGCUAGUUCAUAACAUAGUGCCUCCUUUUCUUGAUGGUAGGAUAGUAUUUACAAAACAACCUGAACCUGUUAUCCCUGUUCGAGACCCUACAUCAGAUAUGGCAUUGGUUGCUAGAAAAGGUUCACAUCUUGUCAGGGUUUACAGAGAACAGAAGGAAAGAAGAAAAGCACAAAAGAAGCAUUGGGAAUUGGGAGGGACUAAGUUUGGUAACAUAAUGGGUAUAAAGAAAACCGAGGAUGAAGAAGAUAAAAAAUAUAAUAAAGAAGAUGAUAGUACAGAUUACAAGACUGAUCACAAAUUUGCUGAACAUAUGAAAGAUACAGGUACGGCUAGUAGUGAUUUUUCUAGGAAAAAAACUAUAUCUGAACAGAGAAGAUAUUUACCUGCUUUUGCUGUUAGACAAGAAUUAUUAAACAUAAUUAGAGAGAAUUCUGUAGUAAUUAUAGUGGGAGAAACAGGAAGUGGAAAAACUACACAACUAACUCAGUACUUACAUGAAGAAGGAUAUAGUAAAUAUGGUAUGAUAGGAUGUACACAGCCUCGAAGAGUUGCAGCUAUGUCAGUGGCUAAAAGAGUAAGUGAUGAAAUGGGAACUCAGUUAGGAGAAGAAGUGGGUUAUGCUAUUAGAUUUGAAGACUGCACUUCUGAGAAAACUGUCAUAAAAUAUAUGACUGAUGGUAUACUUCUCAGAGAAAGUUUACGUGAAUCAGAUUUGGAUCAUUAUAGUGCUAUCAUUAUGGAUGAAGCUCACGAACGAUCCUUAAGUACUGAUGUACUUUUUGGUUUGUUAAGAGAAAUUGUUGCCAGACGUCAUGAUCUUAAAUUGAUUGUUACUUCUGCUACUAUGGAUAGCAGCAAAUUUUCAUUGUUUUUUGGAAAUGUACCUACUUUUACAAUACCAGGUCGAACAUUUCCUGUAGAAACAUUGUUCAGCAAAAAUCCUGUAGAAGAUUAUGUAGAUGCAGCAGUAAAACAAGCUUUGCAAAUUCAUCUUCAGCCACCAUCAGGUGACAUUCUCAUCUUUAUGCCAGGUCAAGAAGAUAUUGAAGUAACUUGCGAAGUUUUAGCGGAAAGACUAAAAGAAAUAGAUAACGCUCCAGAAUUGUCCAUUCUACCAAUUUAUUCUCAGUUACCGUCAGAUCUUCAAGCUAAAAUAUUUCAGAAAUCUCCUGAAGGUAUAAGAAAAUGUGUAGUUGCUACAAAUAUAGCUGAAACAUCUUUAACUGUUGAUGGAAUUAUUUUUGUUAUUGAUUCUGGUUAUUGUAAAUUGAAAGUUUAUAAUCCUCGAAUUGGUAUGGAUGCUUUGCAGAUUUAUCCUAUUAGUCAAGCAAAUGCUAAUCAACGUUCAGGAAGGGCAGGUCGUACUGGCCCAGGUCAAGCUUUCAGGCUAUACACUGAAAGGCAGUACAAAGAUGAACUACUGAUAACUACAGUACCUGAAAUUCAAAGAACAAAUCUCGCAAAUACAGUGUUGUUAUUAAAAUCACUUGGUGUACAAGAUUUGUUACAGUUUCACUUUAUGGAUCCUCCCCCUCAAGACAAUAUUUUGAAUUCAUUAUAUCAGUUGUGGAUAUUAGGAGCUUUAGAUCAUACUGGCGUUUUGACGAAAUUAGGUAGACAAAUGGCAGAAUUCCCUUUAGAUCCUCCACAAUGUCAAAUGCUGAUAGUCUCAUCUCAAAUGGGCUGUACAGCAGAAAUUCUUAUAGUAGUUUCGAUGUUAUCGGUUCCGUCGAUUUUCUAUCGUCCAAAAGGGAGAGAAGAAGAAGCAGAUGCUGUGCGAGAAAAAUUUCAGGUACCUGAAAGUGAUCAUCUAACAUUUCUCAAUGUAUAUAACCAAUGGAAGCAAAACAACUAUUCUUCUCAUUGGUGUAAUGAACAUUUUAUUCAUGUUAAAGCUAUGCGGAAAGUAAGAGAAGUGAGACAACAGUUGAAAGAUAUUGUCAUCCAACAGAAAUUGGAAAUUCAAUCAUGCGGAAGUGAUUGGGACAUUGUCAGAAAAUGCAUUUGCUCUGCUUAUUUCCAUCAAGCUGCUAGAUUGAAAGGAAUUGGUGAAUAUGUAAACUGUAGAACAGGCAUGCCUUGCCAUUUACAUCCAACAUCGGCAUUAUUUGGACUCGGCAAUACUCCCGACUAUGUAGUGUAUCACGAAUUAGUGAUGACUGCUAGAGAAUAUAUGCAAUGUGUUACAGCUGUAGAUGGACAUUGGUUAGCUGAAUUAGGUCCAAUGUUCUUUUCCCUAAAAGAAACUGGUAAAUCGGGACGAGCAAAGAAAAAACAAGCAGCUGAACAUCUAUUGGAAAUGGAGAGUCAAAUGCAGAUGGCACAAGAAGAAAUGAAAGCGAGAAAGGAAGCCGCAGAAAAAAAAGUUGCUGCAAUGAACAAAGGACAAGAAAUUAUUUCUGCAGGGACCACACCGAGACGAACACCUUCCAGAUUUGGGCUGUAACAUAUAAAUAAGACUAUAUCUUGUCAACUAGAAAAAAAAUUAUACAGAGAAGAUAAUGCAACACACUUCUGAUGUGAAAAGUCUGAUAGUUUGGCACAUUCAUUGAUAAGACAAUUGGAAAAUUAUGUUCCACUCAUUGACGAUAAUCAACAUCGUAAAAUAGUUGAUUAAACAUCAAAAGUGAGAGUCCAAUUUCAAAACGCUAGAGAAAAUGAUUUUUAUCCGAGCGCAAAAAAUUAGAUUUUCUCUUGAUAUUAGAUUGUUUCCAAAAAACUAACUUCAUGGAAUCGAUUUUACCAUUUAACAAUAUAUACAAAUUAAUUGAGGUACUUCUCUGCAUUCAUCCAAAGACAAAAAUUAAAACUUUGUUAUAAUAAAAGUAAUAAUUAUUGCAAACCAUGAAGAACUCUAGUGGUGCAAUAACAUUAGAUAUUUCUUUUAUUGUUGCUAAUUUGAUUUCAUCUAUUUUAUGUGACUUUCCAUUACCUAAUAAAUUCUUCAAUCUUUGAAAAAUAUACCUAGCUCCAUCAAAAUUAUAAAUUUUUUUUAUAUAAUUUUUGUAGCUUAUAUUUUUUCAGUAUGUGUUUUCUACACUGCCAUAACACUAAUUCUAUUUUGUCAUUUCACCAAGAACAACCAACAAUAACAUAUCCCACUCCUAAUUAAUAGGUGCAUACAAAAAUCAAAAACAAUAAGAUCCAGUUUAUAGUUGAAUGAGUGAAUGAGAGGAACAACAUCAAUAUCCAAAUCAUUCAAAGUGUCAAAUAUUUCAUUUAAUAAAAAAAAUCGGUCGCUUCAUAACAACAGAAUUUUUUAUAAAUUUUUUUGAGAAAUUGGAGAGUGUACAAGGCAACAAGAUAAUAUCUGUUAUUUUUUCUGCAAAAACUACGAACUUGGUUAUUGUUAAACAUUGAAAACACAAUUAAAAAUAUAUCUGUCUAUUAUAGCCGUUUCUGGUCAUUUUAAUUCCAGGAAUUUAAGAUGUGAAUCAGUAAAUGUUAACUUUUAUAUGCACAAUAAUGUUCAGAAAGUCAUGUGUUUAACAAUAAGCAUUUAGAAAGAUUAGAUAAGUGAAAUAAACAUGUUGACAAGAUCAAAAAAUAAACAGUAGAAAAUGGUAUAAAUACCAUUUAGAAUUAUAUCAUUAUUUUAAGAAUUCAUUUUUUACAAUUGUAACUUUAUAUUUUUUAUUUAUUUAUUAUUAUACAGACCAGAUGUUUGUGACUGAACAUCUGCAAGUCAUUUACAAAUUGUAACUGGUAAGAAUUGAUCAUAGUGUACAUUUAAUAUGAAAGGUUAGAUAAGUUAACACUAUUCUUACCAUGACCAAUCAAGUUAGAAUUUGUAGAACCAUUGGUUAUAUCUGAAUAUCAGACUAUUCACACUAAGACAACACACACACACACACAAGAAAUUUCUUUAUGUUUUUGGUUUGAUUUGCAAGAAUUUUUCCACAAAUUUGAAAUGAUUUUAUUGAUGAUUAAUUAUAUCCAACAUAAGGAAGAUGUAGAUUCCUACAACACAUACCAAAUUAACCGAACAAAUUUAGUAUCAAAUCCUGGAUAGUGUCCAAUGUAAGAAGCAAAUAUAUAAUAAAGAGAUUUUCUUAAUUAGCAAGAAACGAUAGAAGAUAUUCUUGUAUCCCAAUUGUAUAAUUUGAUAUCAGUGGAAUCGUAUAUAGGAUGUGGAAUGAAUGUAACUACUGAGAAUUUUUUUCUGUCUCUUACUGAAAAAACUUCUCGCAAAAAAAUUACAAUAGUGGGAGCCACCCGAUAAAACAAAAAGAAAUUGACAAUCUGAUCCAAAAUAAUGUUAUACAAAAACUAGGCAGAAGCACCUAUGAAGCAAAGUAUUUCAGACCUAUCGCCUUUCCCAAUAAAAACGUUGAGAACAAAAAUAUGAAUACAAGUCGAAAGAUAAGACUGCACAACGUAAUAAAAUACAUCGAGGGAGCAUAUUAGUACAGUACUACAUAGUUAAACCAACUAAAAAAAAGUUCUGUUUUUCAGCUUGAAUUUGUCGAAAAAGAAAAAAUAAUGGCCAUAUACCAGAGAUAAUAUACUGUCAAAUCAAAGUCUUCAAGAUGGCUAUUGUAAGAAUUUUUCAACAUUUAGGACUUAGCUGGGGUAAAUACAUGGAUUUCAUAUAAAAAAAUCACAAGUAAAAA